GCUAGACGUAUUGUGCGAUUCCAUUGCUGUGAACAAUGAUAAGGUAGAUUACUCUUCCUCCUAGUACAUCAUACCAUUCCACAUUGACUCUUAACAUCCUUAAAUCUGGCACACAACUUCUAGUGAAACGCGUGGAAAGAUAUUGCGUUCGCAUUCAGGCCCAUUGCUACCGCAUAGUUGGUAUAGAGAUACGUAUCGGGUGGGAGGGUGAUGUCCAAGGCCACCGAUAACAAUAUCCCAUCUCAGGACGCCGGCCGUGUGGGUGCUGCAAAGGACGACGUUCCAGUACCAACCGUGCCAGCGGAGCAUGACACGGCCAGUGUUAUGAAGAGCGCAGGCUCUUCGACGUUACGAGCCGAGCAACAUGCAGAAUACCCGCCAAAGGUAGACGGACAGCCACAAGCGAACGGGGUCAUAAAGCCUUCCAGGCCCGGCUUGCCUCGAUUCACCACCUCGAAGGAGAACGUUCUGGCGCAAUUCUUCAUCGGGAGCAUAGAUCAGGGCACGACUAGUACGAGGUUCAUCAUCUUUGACGGCACAGGGCAACCUGUCGCAAGCCAUCAGCAUGAAUUCAAGCAGCAUUAUCCGCAAUCAGGCUGGCAUGAGCACGAUCCGAAAGAGCUUAUCGCGAGCGUUGAAGUGUGCGUGAAGAAAGCAGUAGCGACAUUUCAAGCAAUGGGACAUGACAUCGAGGACAUCAAGGCGGUGGGUUUGACUAAUCAGCGAGAGACCACGUGCGUAUGGAAUGUCGAAACAGGCGAGCCUUUGUACAAUACUAUCGCGUGGCCAGAUACUCGAACGAAGGGUCUCGUGCGAGACCUGAAGCAGAAGGAGAAGGAUAUGGGUCUGGACUUGACAUACUUGACUGGUCUGCCGCUCUCGACCUAUCCGUCUUCGGUGAAGCUGGUAUGGCUGUUACAACACGUGCCGGCAGUGAAAGAAGCGUACGAAGCAGGCAAGCUAGCUUUUGGCACCGUUGACGCCUGGCUCCUUUACAACCUCAACGGCAAGAAUAGGGACUAUUUCGUCACGGAUUCGACUAACGCAAGCCGGACCAUGUUCACAAACUUACACACAGUGAAGUACGAUGACAAGCUAUUAGACUUCUUCGGGCUGGACAAGACCAAGCUACACCUUCCACGCAUAGUGCCAAGCUCGGAUGCAGACGCUUACGGCAAGAUUGUAUCAGGUCCUCUAACGGGCAUGAAGAUUGCGGGUUGUCUCGGCGACCAGUCUGCGGCUCUGGUCGGACAGCAAGGCUUCACGCCGGGCUCAGCGAAGAACACUUACGGCACUGGAUGCUUCUUACUGUAUAACGUAGGCGAAGAGCCUGUUAUCUCGAGUCACGGCUUACUGGCGACUAUUGCCUAUGACUUUGGCCGGCACCGCAAGCCCGUAUAUGCAUUAGAAGGCUCAAUAGCGGUCGCCGGCUCGGGCGUCAAAUUCAUGAUGAACAACAUGGGCUUCAUCACCCACUCUCACAAGAUAUCCGAACUGGCCGCCACCGUGGAAGACAACGGCGGCUGCGUCUUCGUCACCGCAUUCUCCGGCCUCUUUGCACCAUACUGGAUCGACGACGCUAAGGGAACCAUCUUCGGUAUCACGCAACAUACCCAACGCGGCCAUAUCGCUCGCGCUACGCUCGAGGCUGUCUGCUUCCAAACGAAAGCCAUCCUAGACGCUAUGGAGAAGGACUCAGGCCACAAACUGCAUCAGCUUGCCGUUGACGGCGGGAUGUCGAACUCCAACCUGUGUAUGCAAACGCAAGCGAACAUCAUCGGCAUACCCGUGGAUCGACCGGCGAUGAGGGAGACGACGGCACUAGGCGCGGCGAUUGCGGCUGGUUUUGCGGUCGACAUCUGGAAGGAGUUUGAUGAAUUGAAGGCGAUUAAUCAGAAAGACCGGACUAUCUUCACGCCCGAUAUUGGACCUGAGGAGUCGGCGAAGAUGUUUCGGAAGUGGUCCAGGGCGGUGGAGAUGUGCCGGGGAUGGUUGGAUCCAGAGGAGAGUGCGGACGACUUCUAGAUGGUCGAGGACUAUAUGGUGGCUGUCCAUGCCUUGGUACUCGUCUCUCGAGGAUGGUAUAGGAUUGCUUUAAAGUAGAUUUGGCUCGUCCUGCAGGACUGUAGAGCAUGCUUCAUCCGCCUGCAAGCGUGUGAAGCCUUGGGUAGGGUUUCGCUCACUGAGAGGUUGGGUAUGAAGCUGGAGGGUUCAGCGGUCAAAAUCAUGUCACUUGCUUCAUGUUCUGCUAUUUCUCGAUGCUGCUUUCUCACUGUUCUUGCCGUUCAUGUCACUAAGCUCAUGCGCUGAUGAGUGUAAUAGGUGCAGAUUGCAUGGACGACUGGGCCACAUAACUCCGUCAAAUCAAUGACACUAGCGAUAACACAGAAUGGUCCGAGUCUUGUUAUGCUGCGAGCAGU